AUGAACUACACUAGCUUGCCACCGGCUGGCGAGAGUAGCCGCUCAAGUCGGACACUUUCUGCUCCCGGUAGUGACGCUCGCACGGUGUUUGCGUACUCUAUCACAGAGGAAAUGGUGGCAUUAGAGAGGCAGGUGUUUGAUUUCUUGGGCUACCAGUGGGCUCCUAUCCUUGCAAACUUCUUCCACAUCCUGGUUGUCAUCCUGGGCUUGUUUGGCACCAUUCAAUAUAGACCUCGCUACAUUGUGGUGUAUACUGUGUGGACAGCGCUGUGGGUGGCCUGGAAUGUCUUUAUCAUCUGCUUCUACCUGGAGGUUGGAGGUCUAUCAAAGGACAGCGACCUCUUGACCUUUAACAUGUCGGCACACCACUCCUGGUGGAGCGAGCACGGGCCAGGCUGUGUCCGAAGAGAGAUCCCUGCCAGCGGAAACCGUAGCGCAGACACACAGUCCUAUAUAUCCAUCAUGGGCUGCCUGCUGGAGUACCAGUACAUUGAAGUCCUGCACAGCGGCUUCCAAAUCCUUAUCUCUCUGCUGGGUUUCAUCUACGCCUGCUACGUCAUCAGUGUCAUCACAGAGGAGGAGGACAGCUUUGAUUUUAUUGGUGGAUUUGAGCCAUUCCCACUCUACCAUGUCAAUGAGAAACCAUCUCAUCUUCUGUUAAAGCCAGUGCAUCAGUCUUCGUAAAUGAAAGUGUGUUGUGAAGAAGAGCCGCUCUGCCCAUUCCUCCUCUCUGCUCCUCACCUCCUGCCUCUCCUCUGUUUAAAACGCUUCCUAAUCGCCCUAAAUCAGCCCUUUCUGGAGUACUGGAGAAUUGGCUCUCUGACUCCCAGCUCUGGACAAAACACAGCUGCUCCAUCAGACGCUCUGGCACAUUGUUCCAGCUGCCUCAUUUAGACGCUCUUACAAGUGGAUGUAAAACAUAUCCAAACAAAAAGGCCCAGUAUUUUGUUGGUGUGGUGUGUGGUCCAUGCGUGCGAGUUAUUCAAGGGGAGUUCAGAUGUUGAGGUUCACCGAUUUCCAGCUCUGUUUGUGUGUGUGUGGAGGAGGGCCACUGUGUGCUGUUUACCUUCACACUGGAGGAUUUGCACAGUAAAACUGAGCAGGGAGCCGAGAUGAGGAAAACGGGUGCGGCCCCAAAAAAAAAAAAAGACAAAGCAAGUUGACCUCCUGUGGCAGUCAAAAAUAGAAACAAAGGAAGUGUAAAAUAUAAAUACAAGAAACAAUUAGAGCUUUUCUGAGUUGUUUUGUGUCAGUUUGAUGUACAAUUCUCAUAAUUCACUGUAAAAUUCAGUUUUAGUCUUUUUUUUUUGUUUUAAGACUUGAUUUAUAUGCAGUGAACCCCAAAUCACUGUAUUUAGACACUCAGAUCACACUAAACAAUGUAUAAUAGUCAUUAAAUUAGAUCAAAUAUACAUCUGGCUGAUUUGUUUUCAGAUGCUUAUUAACUGAUUUGCACCUAAUGCAAUGAAAUUAGUGCAUUUUCAGUGUUUUGGGGUUACUGUGCAUGCUGUCAGUAUUUUUUAUGUUAAUAAUCAUCAUUUAUUGCACAAUGUGUUUGUAUCAGCCUUUAGAUCGAACAUAAACUAGUUUGGGCUUCCUCUGGUAGUCAGUCAGUACUGGCAGUACAAUUAUUACAUAACCUCAAUUGAUAUUAUAACAGGACUGGCUGAUGUUAUGAAACAGAAAAUGGUUCUUUCAUCUGAAUGGUGCUUGUAAUCAAAUAUUAGUUUGUGAAUAAAUCGUCAGCAUGUCGUUCUAUGAAUAUGAGUAGCGGUUGAGUGGCUGUCAAUGUCUUUCACUGUAGAUGCAGAGCUACUGUAGCUUGUUUACUGGAAACAUAAACCUCAAAGCACAAAUGACUGACUUGACAUGUAUCAUAGUAUGUAUGACAUGUUUUGAAGAGCGGGACUGUGUAUUUCUUUCCAAAUUGAGAUGUGAAGGCCAAAGGUCAGUAUGUAUUUUCUAACUUUCAUAGUCACAUAGUUGCCUGUUAUCCCAGAUGUUUCAUAUCAUGAGACUUAUGUACUGUAUUGGCAGCAUUUUGGGUGCUUGUGGCCUGAUGGUAAAGGAACUGGACAUAUUGUAGUCUUAAAGGAAUAGUUUGUCCUUGCUAUUGCUUAUAAGUCUUUAUUUUCCCCUUGAAAUGCAAAAAGGAGAACUUUUGAAAAAUGCUCAUGUUGCUCUUUUUCCAAUCAAACAAAGCACCAUAAAAGUGGUCGCUCUUAAAAAUAAAGGUUCUUUAUUGCA